ACGGCCCGCUCUGAUCUUCCCCUCCUCAAUUAAAUACUCUUCUUCUCAAUUCAUCUGCACAUAGCAUAUGCAUGAAUCUGCAUAUAAUGUGCAUUCGGAGCAUCUUCAUUCUUGUCGCAUUUCUUAUAGUAAUCGCAACAAUCGAUGGCCGGUCUGUGCCGGGUGACUCUUCGCCGCUAAUAUCAGAUGGCGUUGAUUGCGGCCAUGAUCAGCAUAAUGGACCUCCUCCUGAUUUGAUUCUUCUCAAAGGAGCAGCGGGUGAUCUGGACGAUGAGGAUGAAGUUUGUGAGCAGAUGUAUGGGUUCUUGCCAUGCUCGUACAGCAUAGCAGGUCACCUGUUCUUGAUACUGGUUUACGAGUAUCUGCUAUUUCAGGGGGAGUCCUGCGUUGCUUCCGGGAGCGAGCAGAUAUUUAAGAUGCUCGGUCCUGGAAUAUUUGGUGCCAGUGCUUUCCAUGUCCUUGGUGCUCUACCGGAGGCCUUAAUACUUCUAGCAUCGGGACUUCUGAACAGCGAAGAGGUGGCACAGGAAUAUGUCGUGACCGGUGUUGGGUUGCUGGCCGGAUCCUCGAUCCUGCUUCUGACAUUGUUAUGGGGAACUUGCGUCCUCCUUGGUAGCAGAAAAUUAUCUGAUGGAAUGGAACCCAACACUUUAAAUUCAAGCAAAUUUUCAUGGAAGAAGUUCUUAUCCUCAUUGAAAGGCUCCGGUAUCAUCACUGAUUUAGAGACUAGCUACACUGCCAGGAUCAUGGUAAUCUCAGCAUUCCCAUUCAUCAUGAUACAAAUCCCGGAUAUUUUCUCGGUAUAUUCAGCUCAACGUGUUAUGAUCCUCUGUUCGCUCGCUGUUUCAGUUGGGUUGCUGCUCUUAUACUUCUUCUAUCAGAUAUUUGAGCCGUGGAUUCAAAAGAGAAGUCUCGAGUAUGUGAAACACGAGCAAUUAAUGCUUCGAAUCAUACAACAUCUGCAACGACACGCACUAGAAAGACUUCUCACAGAGGAUGGAGCACCAAACGUACAUGCUAUAAGGAGGCUAUUUGAAGAAAUCGAUCAAGAUGGGGAUGAUGCUAUAUCGCCAUCCGAAUUAAAAGAGCUGUUGCAAGAAAUUAAGUUCAAACACAUGCAUGUGGACAAAGAUAAAGCGGUAGAUGAAAUAAUGAAGGAAUUUGAUAUUGCCGGUGACCAAAGGAUAAGCAAAGACGAAUUCGUCACUGGAUUCACGAAAUGGCUUGAGGAGGCAAAGAUUGCGAUGGACAAGCGAACUUACUCGAAUAACUCUUUUAAGGACUUGUAUCAGCUCUUUCAACCAUUUAUUCAGAAGAAAAAGGGAGAGCGCAAACUGAAAAAGCAAAUAGCCGCAGAAAUUCUCGCGCAUGUACAGGCCAAGUCAGUCAAAACCCUAUUCGCUGAAAAUGGCACGCCUGAUCUGCCUGCUAUUAGAAGAUUAUUCGAACAGAUUGAUCGCAAUGGAGACAACAGCAUAUCACAAGCUGAGCUGAAGGAACUAAUGAUGGGCAUCAAGUUUGGUGACAUAUCCUUUAACGUGGAUGAAGUAGUUUCGAAGGUCAUUGAGGUCUUUGACAGAAGCGGAAACAGCCAGAUAAAUGAGGAGGAAUUCGUUGCUGGAUUGGUGAAUUUGCUCGAUACUUCAGGUGAAGGCAGCAAGAUCCAAGCGUCUAAGUUAAACACCAGUCAAGAUGAUUUCUACCAAAGAACUUGGGAAGAAACCGACAAAUUGGUGGAUGAAGAUAAGGGAAAAGGAGAUGCCAAGAAGGCGUCAUGGAUUUGGGUCAAGUCUAUGUCGUCGUUGUUGCUCGGAGUUAUCAUAUUAGCGGUCCUUGCAGAACCUCUCAUCUCUAGUGUGCAGAGCUUUUCGAAAUCAGCAGGCAUACCGCCUUUCUUCAUCUCAUUCAUAUUGGUUCCUCUGGCCACAAACGCAAGAGGAGCUAGCGCGGCAAUCAAAGCAGCCAGACAUAAGAAGGAGCGAACCACUUCUCUAACACUUUCCGAGAUCUAUGGAGAAGUGUUCAUGAGCAACAUGCUCGGCUUCUGCGUCCUCUUGUCGCUGAUAUACGUCCGUGACUUGACAUGGGAAUUCUCUGCUGAAGUUCUUGUGGUGCUAAUCGUGUGUAGUCUGGUGGGUCUGAUUGCAAGCUUCAGGUCAACCUUCCCAGUUUGGACAUCGAUCCUGGCUUACUUGUUGUACCCUCUGUCACUUCUCUUGGUCUAUGUUCUUGAUGAUGUCCUCAACUACUCCUAGGACUGUACACAUACCGUUUGAGAGUUUCAUGUUGUCAACUUUGGUUAAUUAACACAUUUCCGAUCAAUACUUGAAGGUGUAAUUGAAUGG